AUGCCACCGAAGCCUCAAAGCCCACGAAAGCUACAGAAGAAGAAAGCAAAUGAUGGCAAGAAAGUAUACCCUCCAUUAGGUCAAGGUGAUUCAAGUAAAGCAAGUCUGCUAUCGCAGAACUCACAGGCUAGAAUACCUCGAGCAUUUCUUCUUGUGACUCUCGCUAUCAAAACAACCAAUACACGAUCAUCAAAUGACUUUAUGAUCGGGGAUUUUGCUGGCAUAAAAUAUCACUUGAACAUCAUGGGGUUCGAAGACAAGCAGUUCUUUUUGUCCACUGUCAAUCUGGCAGAAUACUGCAUGGCUGGGGUUCACAGCGACAUCAAAAUUCGGGGAGAAACUUCAGAAAAAGUCGUCUAUUCGCGAUUCAAGGCUUUACACAGACAAGACGACUAUACCUUCAUUGACGAGUCAUCAAUCAAGAUCACCUUUCAUGAAUGGAUGAGUAAGACUGCGAAGGAUGCUUUACCUGGCGACGUCGUCAAUGUCAUCCUCAUUACUCACGGCAACGCUCAAAAUGGGAAUUUGCAAUUUGGAAAAAACUUUAUCUCAAUCGAUGAGAUGAUCAAGAUCUUGAAAUAUUUCCAAGACAGCGUUCAGGUUAACAUGGUAGUUUCAGCAUGCGGAAGUGGGAAACUAUGCAAAGAGAUUUCGACAAAAGAUCAAUUUAAUAGAUACAUCGCUGCAGCUGCUGGCCCUGGGGAAUUAAGUUCUGGAAAUGGAUUGGUCGGAUGGGUCAAAGGUCAAUCUGCAAGCGGCAGAUUCCGAAGUUCUUAUUUCACGGAUGUCAUCAUCAAGUCUCUCGGGAGGAUAAAUUUCGACCGCCUCGGACCCAGCAUGGGGGAGUUGCAACAGAACUUUCAUGAAGGAGUCAAAGUCAAGCCAGAGCCUUUCGCCGCGAAGUCAACACCAUCUUUUGCCGGUUCAGCCGCAAAAAAGGAAGAGGCAGAGAUCGCAUUACAGAAGAUCAUUCAUUUAGACUAUUUCGAUUUCCCGCCAGAUCCAAAGCGGGCGGCGAGAUAUUUGAGACAGGAGUCCGACAUGCAGGUAGUGCAAGCAGCAGAUGGGAAUAAUGUUGAUGACUGGGGUUUCGGGGGUGAUGUCCUCGAUUUCUUCGCCACCGAAAUCUCAAAAGUCGAUGAAUCUUUUCUAAGUCACGAUGACGCCGAGCUGCAUGCAAGAGUGCAGCGUGUGCUGGAUCAGACAAAGUCGGGUGAAAAAGCAACCAAAACUGAGAUUUUGCAAGCCAUUAUGUUUCGGGGGAAGAUGCAAAGUGCUUGCUUUUCAGUUUUUAUGUUCUUGCAGGAUCAUUGCUUCGUCACCAUGAAAGGACUGGAAAAACCAAUGAAUUUGAGCUCCUUACAAGAUGAUGAAAUUCGAGAGGUUUCGGAUGCUUUGUCUUGCUUCGAGCUCCUAUCCGACAGAAACGAGUACUCAUUCAUAACUUACUGCACAUUCAACUAUUUGCCCCCCAUCAUUUGGCUUUCGACAUUGAUAGUGCGUGGAGCUCUUGUAAGGGAUCUUUGGACUUUGUUUGACAGGAUGAGUUGCAUGGGAGAAUUAGGACCAUUGGAUAUUGAAAGACUGCCAAAGGUGUGGCCGGAGACUAGGAUGAUCAAGGUGGACGAACAAGCUGGGUUGGUAAAUCCGUUGGCUACGGGAAAUGGGCAACCAUUCUCCUUUUGGUUGCCACACUCAAUGGGGAAAAACAUUGACUUGCAUCAAGUCUACAAGUACUUCGAUGCCGAUAACUUCAUGGCAUUUGAGAAGCUUUACUUCAACUACUUCAGGCUGCCAGUUGAUGAUCCAAAAUCACGAGAGAGGCAAUGCUCGUGUUAUAUUGCACAGCAGUUGACAUCGAUGGAGAAUUAG